UCAUAGCACUCUAUCUAUUUUCCAACUGUGUAUUCAGUAAUCAAGAAAAUUCUCAAAAGUCAAAACUCAAAAUCAUAUAUGCUUGAAUUUACAUUAGAUAAUAUUUAUUAUUCAUUGAAUAUUUUAAUAUUUCCUCAUAUUAUUUGUUGAUGAUUCUAGAAUUUCAAACAUCUCUACCUUACAAGGCAGCUUAAUAAGAGUGAUGUAUGGAUUUGAAAAAGCUACUGAAGCGCCGAACUUAUAGAGGCAUUUAUAGACUCAACAUGGAUAUGAUGUUUGAGGCGUACCUGACACAUGAGUCAGGGCACCUUGAGCCAGAGGACAUUCCUCACACCAACAAUCCUGUCUGGAUUUUGGGCAGGAAAUACAGUGCAGUACAUGAUCUUGAACAAAUAAGGAGAGAUAUCAGAUCUAGACUGUGGUUCUCUUACAGAAAGGGGUUUGUGCCUAUAGGAGACACAGGUCUCACUUCGGACAAAGGGUGGGGAUGCAUGCUGAGGUGUGGUCAGAUGCUCAUUGCUCAAGCACUAUUAUUUUUACACUUGGGUCGAGACUGGGUGUGGAGUCCAGGGACGAGAGACCGCACCUACUUGAAGAUCCUGCGCAUGUUCGAAGACAGGAGAACGGCUCCCUACUCCAUCCACCAGAUCGCGCUGACCGGCGCCUCCGAGGGAAAGGAGGUCGGCGAAUGGUUCGGCCCCAACACCGUCGCACAGGUUCUCAGGAAACUCUCUGCAUAUGAUGAGUGGAGCUCUUUAGUUAUUCACGUGGCAUUGGACAACACGUUGGUUAUCAAUGAAAUCCGUGAGUCAUGUAGUGGAAGUUCAAGUGACAGUAGAGGUGCUAGGUCGAGAGGUGGUUAUUGGAAGCCCUUACUGUUAGUUAUUCCUCUGCGUUUAGGAAUUAGUGAGAUAAAUCCAGUUUAUGUACAGGGUCUCAAGACAUGUUUCACAUUCAAGCAGUCAUUGGGAGUUAUAGGAGGAAAACCAAAUCAUGCGUUAUACUUUGUAGGUUGUGUAGGAAACGAUGUUAUAUUUUUGGACCCACACACCACUCAACAAAUUGGCUCGAUAAACAACAAAGAUGAAGACAGCGAAAAGAAGUUGGACUGCUCGUACCACUGCCAGCAAGCCAGCCGCCUUCACAUACUCAACAUGGAUCCUUCGGUCGCUGUCAGCUUCUUCUGUCGCAACGAAACGGAAUUCGACCAGCUGUGCCAGCAGAUCAGAGACCACCUGGUCGUGCCCGAGAAACAGCCUCUGUUCGAGAUCUGCGACAACAGGCAGGAGAAGUGGACUCCGCAGGAGGACACGGCGCAGGAGGCACUCGGUGCUGCAGCUUCCACCUUUUACCCUGACCGGCAAUUGGAUGAUUCUGAUGAAGACUUUGAGCUACUUGGCUGACUGUUUGCUGAUCUGAAUAGUUGUAUUGUGAAUAAAUUAUAUUAUUAACACGUACUGUUGAACAAAACUCUGCGUUUCUUUUUGUACAAAUACUCUAUAAUCCAUUGUUUUGUACAAACAAAAAUUAAUUAGGUGGUAUUAGUUUUCAAUAUUUUAAAAGAUAUUUUGUGUAACAAAUUAAUCUUUGUAAAAAUAAUUAUUUCUUUAGGUAUGUAUUUCAUACAAUGCGAAAAGUCUGUACAUGUGUAUAAUAUGAUAUUCUGAUAGUGAUAAAUUGAACUAGAAUCACUGGGAGAUUAUGUGAAAAUGGUAAAACUAUUUUAUACGUUGAAGUAAAUAUAAACUAUUUUGCUGUGAAUAAGUAAUGCUUCAAAUCACAUUUUAUAAGCCAUCACGAGUAAAUUUAAAUUUAAAAUUGUUAUCACAUGAUAGGGUAGGGAUGAAAUAACAAAGAAUAAUAUUCUAAUUGAAAUCUUUUCUGUGCAGUGCCUCGCUUAUUUUAAGCCCGCUCUGUAAAUAUUUUGUUGUGUGUGACAUGUUGCAUAAUAUUUUGUCCAUUAUAACUAGAAUAGUUCUUUUAAAUCAUCACAGUGCAAUAAAAUUAUUAUUCAAUAAAGUUUUAUUGGGAGUUUUUAAUUCACUUUCAUGCUUUUCUCAUUGUUGAACUAUAUCAAACUAACGGCUUUAUCACAAUGUUCCUGAAACGUAAAUUUCUCUGCUUUAUUGUGAGAAAUUAUUAGAUAAAAAUCUGUUAGUUUUUUGGUUGGAUUGUAAAUAAAUGAAACCAGUUUCUUGU